UGACAAGGAAGGCGGUGUGUGUGAAUUGUGUGGAGCACAUGACAGCAUUCUUUUAAUUGUUUUGGUGUUCAGUGAACAUAUUCCUGGAAUUCUGUCUUUUAUAUAUGCCGGUAUAUCAAGCAAUUAUUGGAUUGUUAUUUUAUUCAUCCAGAUUCAAUCUAGUUGUCUUUCGAUGAGUUGUGAAGAGGUACAUAUUUAUACGUACUUGUCUCCAUAGUCGUACCUUUGAAGACAAAAUCGACCAUGCAACGAUAUCUUGAGAAGCCCACAAACGGAUUAAAGACGUAAUUGCCGGAAACCUUUCACUUUAUAUUCCAGCCAUGUCAACAGGAGUAUUAAAUCAGAGUGAUGGCCAUAGUCCAGUUAUUUUACAAUCAUUAGAAGGUCGGUUACGACUGGCCGCAAGUAAAGGGCAAACAGAAGAAAUAGAAAACCUUCUAAAAGCUGGUGCCACUUUUGAACCUGAUCGAGAAGGAAGAACAGCGCUACAUUAUUCUUCACAAAAUGGUUAUUUAGAAGCAUGUAAAAUAUUAAUACGUAAUGGUUGUAGUACAGACUGUCAGGAUGUCCUUGGAUAUACACCAUUACACAGAUGCAUAGCACAAGGUAAUUUAGAAAUAGCUGAACUCUUAUUAAAUGAAGGAUGUUGUAUAGAUGUACAAGACCAGCAUGGUAAUACAGCUGUACAUGAAGCAGCAUGGAAUGGUUAUAGUAAAUCAUUAGAAUUAUUAGUUAAACAUAACUCUAGUGUUCAUUUACCUAAUAAGGCGGGUUUUACAGCAUUACAUUUAGCGUCACAAGCUGGUCAUAAUGAAAGUUCACGGGUUCUUCUAUAUGCCGGUUGUAAUCCAGAUAGUAAAAAUAAUUAUGGUGACACCGCUUUACAUACAGCAGCAAGAUAUGGUCACGCUGGGGUCACACGAAUUUUGAUUAGUGCCAGAUGUCGUCUAAAUGAACAAAAUAAGAAUGGUGAUACUAGUCUUCAUAUCACUGCUGCUCUUAGAAGACGUAAAAUUGCCAAACUACUUGUCGAGGCUCAUAUUGACAUCAGUAUCAAAAAUAAGCAAAAUGAAACAGCUGUAGAUGUUGCCAAGAGAAAAGAGCACCCUGAAAUAAUUCUUAUCAUUACAUCAUUUUCUAGGCCUAGGACGCCACGUCAUACUAGUCGAGAACGAGAACAAAUACCAGGGCAAGUAGCGUUUAAAGAAGAGAUUGAGAUGAUUGAUGGACCUAUUGUUGUUCCAGAAGAUCAUCCACCAAUAAAAACCGAAAAACCAGAAGAGAAAAAACGCUUCUUCUUCUUCAAACGGAAGAAAAAGGAUAAAGAUAAGGAUAAAGAGAAACCUGUAGCUCAAGAUAAACCAACACCUAAUAUCCCACGGCGAAAAGUUGAGGGUUUCUUUAGUCAAUAUGUACCUAAACAAGGUGUUCAGUAUUAUAGAGAUUUAGCUGGUAAUAUUAAACAGGGUCCCAUUGGUUAUAGUCCGACAUGUCAGUGUGGACCUUCUUUGAAGAAACUUGAAAAUGACGUGGAGAAAACUAAAGGCAAUCUAUACGAACACAUCGAUGCUUCUCAUCAGAUAUUAAGUCAACGUAUUGAUCAUCUUGAUCAACGUACAGCACAACAAGUGUAUGCGAUAGAUAAAUUAACGAAGGAACGAUUAGAACAGGAACGUCAAGCUUGUCAUAAUAGAAUAACGGAAAGAAUCGAAGAAGAAUGGAGUGGUAAUAGAAAUGUGUUAUCUCAAUAUAAUAAGCAAAUACAAUCGUGGCUGGAUGAUAAAAUGGAUAGUUAUGGACAUUGUUUAGAUCAUCACCAUGACGAUUCUGCUCUUCCAUCUAGGAAUAUCUUCUUCGACUUUCAUCAAAAUGCAAAUGGACGCUUGUUUAAGUCUCGUUCAGAUGAGACUUUAUCAGACUGCAGUGGCAAAAAUCGUAAGAAAACUUUUUAUGAAAGUCGUCAGGCAGCCAUGAGGCAAAUACGUGGUUGGGACGUUUCAUUCAAAAAAGAUGGUGCCCCACAGAAAGAGAGGAAUAAUAAUCAUUUAACUGUCACUCAGGCACAAGUUCAUCCAAAUAAAAAUAAUAUGGACAGAAAAGCAGACGGUGCUUCUCCAAAAUAUGAAGAAAAUGCAAACACAAUUUAUCAUGAUUUUAAUUAUCCUGGAGGUGUUAGUAAGGACAAAAGUGAAGGAGCAAUUCCUAAACAAAGUGCAAAUCAAAAAUGGCAGAGACCUGGAGAAAGUGUGACACGUCCACCGACUGUUAGACCGCGACAGUCAAGUCAGUUUGACUCACAAUUAUAUAGGAGUAUGUCAAGAGCUCAAAUCGAAAACAGAAAUUCACGAAGGUCAAAUUUAGCCGAAGGGGGGGUCCCAAAUAUAAGUAACGUCAUCGGUGCUCGGGAUUCCUCCCUAGGUACUACUUAUAACGGCACCGGUGCCUAUAAUUCUAGUGCGUCAAAACAUUAUGAUCAAAAUAGAAACUAUCGAACAAGUGCUUAUAAUUCUCGGCCAUUAUCACCAAACUACAGACUUGCCAAAUCUUCUGAUCCAUUAAAUCAGGAUCAAGAUCUUUAUCCGUCUGGAAUUCCUAGGAGUAAAAGUGUCGAACGAACAUUAGAUAGUCCAGAUAGAGCCGAACAUAGUAUGUCACCUCAAAGGAAAAGUGUAACAUUUUUAGAUCGUGUUUCAAAUAAAACUCCAACACCUUUUGAAAAUGGCGAACAGAGACCCGAAAAUCACGUUAAUAAUAGUCCGUAUAGAAAAUAUGAUUCUACAAAUACUUUUAAACAAGAUGAGCUUUACUCUAGUGCAAAUGAAAUUCGUAAACUGGCUAGCUCCGUUAAUUAUACUAGAUCAACGACAGAUAACAGGUUACAAGGUCAACCUUAUGGCACUGUUACGUCUGUUUCCAAACCUGUGUAUAAAACAGACACACCAGCAUACAAUAGACAAUAUCCUUCAGCUACAUAUAACUAUCAAGUUCGCAAUAAUGUGGAUAGUGGAAAAACUGAAAAUAGUCUCACAAACAAAGAUGUUAUUUUAAAUGGCUCAAAAUCCCCAGUUCAUCAUCCCUCCACUUUUAUACCUUACGCUCAUAGUUCACCAAGUCAAGUUGUUUAUAAUCCAGCGUAUGUUAAUAAAGAAGAUUCUACGUGUAGUAGUAAUCCCGACUCGGGUUAUAGUAGUAAAGGUAUAGGACAGGGAAAUCAAUCAGUCAGUUGUACGCCCUCCUCAUCGUUUAGUGCCGAUCGUAGUUUAUCAAUAGGUACACCUAGUAAUAGUAACUCACCUUGCUUAACGAACAAUCCGAUGGAUUUUCACUUACCGAAAUCAUCAGGGGUGUCGACUAACACUAAUACUACACAGUCCCACAGCUGGUAUGAGCGUAAAUUACUUGAGGCAGCGGAAAAGAUGCGUAAAACUAACCAAUAUAAUGACUAUGAUAAUAAUACUAAAUCUUAUAAUGAGUUAUAUGUGUCUCUAAAUUAUGAUCCAGUACAUGGUAGUGAUGUGUAAAUUGAAUUGUUAUAUAACACUAUGUGUUUGUUAUAUAUCUGUUAAGUUUUGUUAGUCGAUGUUAUAAAUUAUAAUUUAAUGUUAUGUACAGUAUGGAGUAUUGUAUUUCACCAUGAUGUUGGAUCUACAAGUUUCUGAGAAUAACCACCCAGCUGAGAAAGGAACAGCGGGUUCUAUAUCGAUUUGUGAACAUUGUGUCUCUAAUUGUACUGUUUCAGUUGUUUGAAAUUUGUUUAAUAGUGGAUUCAUAUUUCAUGUAGAUUUCAUGAUUGAUGGAAGGAUGAUAAUGUAAAGGUUCAGAGGGCACCUUAGGUCUCUAGUCAUUGUGAAACUGAAAGAUGGUGGACAUAUUUAAUAAGACGUAAUUUACGUUUUUAUUAAGACGUAAUUUACGUUUUUAUGUGUUCAUUUAAUUCAGAAUUGCAUGUAUUUAUAUUUGUUUACCAAUAAUCAUUCCAUAUUGCAUUUUUUAAUUUGUUCAAAGAAAGUGAUUCAGUAAAAUCAGGAAUUUUUAUUUUUCAUCAAAAUUAAUUUUAUCUGACGGUAUGAUUUUAUUGUCUUCAAAUAUUUUUUUUUUUCUACAUGCAAUAGAUAAAAGAUUUUCGUUAUGAUUUGCAUUUUAAUUACUGUCCCUACAAUAAGUACUAUUGUAAUCUGUAACUUCUAACAGUAGUGAAUGUGCUUGUAACAAUCUUUAAAAUCCCCCACGUAAACAAUAACACUAUAAUCGGUAACUUCAGGGUUAAAGGCACAACAGACCAAUCAUUCGCAUAUUUAUCUCAAAAAUAAAAAAAAUAAAAACUGUACUAUUUUAAUAUAAAGGCUGUUUGUUGCUAAAGAAAAAUUUGAUUUCUUGUAAUUAAGCACACCCAAGAAUAGAAUAAAGCCUUUAUGAAGAAUUGGAUGGCUUGAACAAAAAGAUUGCAAAAUUUAUACUACCCUUGAGUGGCAUUUAGCGAUUGAACACAUUAAAAAAACACAACACGGUUUCAUUUGUGCUUGAUAACGAUAAGAGAAUACUUGUCGAAACGUCAUGCUAUACUUAUAAACCAGUGAUUGUAUUUCCAUAUAAACUGUGUUGUGUUUUUUAAAAUUUAUACUAUUUUAUUUGGGCAAGAUGCAUAAAGUAGGGAUGCAAAAUCUCUAGAAUAGUUGAAAUAAUUUCUGGACAAAAUGUUUUUUUUAAUACACUCUUAUAUUUAACCUUUAUACUGGCAUGUUGAGGCUUUAAAAUACACACCUCUAAAUUAUCUCCCAUAGCAACUUUUGAUGGUUUAAGGUGGCUAUUCCCUGUAUCAACCUUCUCACACUGAUCCGCAGUGAAUAUUUGCUUGGCCGCGACAAUCACUGAUAAGGAUGACAUUGAUGCGGCUUAAUGAGCUAGAAAUAUUAACUUUUUUCCUGCGACAAAUUAAAUUCUAAAACAUUUUUUUUAUAUAUUGGAAAAAUAAAUAAAGGCGUUUGACGUAUUUGUAGGUAAAAAUUAUUUCCUAUUUAGUGUAAAUGGGUAUUAAAAUGACUAAAAUGCAGCAUUCUCUCCGAAGCAGUUAUGUCUUAUGUAAACAAUGCACGCGUCAUUCAGCCAAUGAUUCACACCGCAUGCUGUGACAGCACGUGUUAAGGCAGUCAUCUAUGACAGAGGUAUUAUACGAGACUCGUAAUUCUCUGUGAAACAGAUUGCAACCUUCUGUGAAGUCAUUGUGGGUUAAUACUUGGUGAUAAUCCUCAUAGUUUGUGUCAUGUUUAAGUCAGAUAGCAACCUACUUCUGUGGUUGUUAAUCGAAAUAAACCAUGUGGGCCAUGCCCUUAGGAUUUUUAUUUUGAACAAAAACCUGGAAAGUGGUUGCUAUUUACUACAUAUAAAAUUCUCACUUUUGCACGAUACAUGUACCAGGGAUCCUCACCUCUCUUGUCAUUUCGGUUUAAACUUUUUCAAUCAUUAAUAAACCUGUAGUGUUGCUUGCUAGUAAAAUCUAUUAAUUUGCUUCUUGUCUUUCGCUUUCGUUUCCUUAGAAGCUUUUUUAACAAAAUAGAUUUGUGAUCUUGGUGUUUCAAAAACAUUUUCAUUUCACAGACAAACCCAGCCUUAUGCAUUGAUUUUUCUUAUGAAAAUGAAUUAUUUAUAAAGGUUUAUAUAAUUGUUCAUCAUAUCAAAACCUGCUGCCAAGACAAUUAAACUCUUAAGUUGAUAAUAUUAUAUAUAUAUAUAUAUACCAGUAUACACAUUGAAGUGAAUGAAAACGAUGAAACUCGACUGUUAGGAUUAGACGAUGAGUAUCAGUAGGUGGCUCCCCACAUAGUGUAACCAUGGUAUAUAUAUAAAUAAAAUAACAGUGUCUCAAAAUGUCCUUGGAAAAGUUACAGCAAGACAUCAUAGCCCAUUCCAUUCCAUCAGAAAUAAAAUAACAUUGAUAUGUAUAUACAAUAAUUGUUUCCAUGCAUAUCAUUAAUUUAUUAUAUUCCAUAACUUCCAUAUUGUUAAUUAUUAACAUUUUGAAUGUUAACACAAUUUAUUAUAUGCUGAAUUAAUUUUACCAUUAAGGGCGAAAGAAGGAAAAGCCCAUUCCACAAAUUUGUAAAAUAUAUUUUAUUUUGUUUUUAUAUAUUAUUUACUUAUUUGUACAGAAAAAUAUAAAAAUAUUUUUUCUACA